UGUUGGUGUGGACCGACCCGGCGAUACCCACCGCUUUACAAAUGCCUUUAAUAAUACCCGCCGGUCCUAUUGUGGAGGGAACUAAUAUUACAGUGAUGUGUAUAGCGAUGGGCACUCCCGUCCCGACCACAUCCCUGUUCAUCAACGGAAUACUUGUCGCAAAACUGGAUUCUCGUCACUUAGCCUUUACUCUAACUCACGUCACGCGAAACUUGUCCUCCAUUUCCUGCUAUGCCGUGAAUGGCGAAGGAAAGGAAACCCAUUCCGCACAGUCUUCUCUCGAUGUUUAUGUCAGAUUUAAGCCAACGGCUGUCGGCAAUCCAAUCCUAAGUACGGCACCGAUCGGAGGCACCGCUCGACUCUUCUGCACAGUUUCGGGAAAUCCUCAACCCCGAGUGUUUUGGUAUAAGCAGAAUAACACAGAUAUCGUUCAAUUACACGCCAACAGCAAUACUAAUUUUAUAACAGUUGCCCACUCAGAGUUACAAAUGACUUACGUUUUCACACUUCUAAUCAAAUCAACGGUGAAAUCAGAUGAUGGAAAUUAUAUGUGCACAACAGAGAAUGACUUUGGAAAAGCUGUGACAACACUAACCCUUGCAGUGACACCCGAAUCAGUUCAACCAAAGAAUACGACCAGUUGUUGUGUUGAACAGGGAGUCAGUGAGGAAUGUCUCAGUGUUUGUUCAGUGGAUAUAGACAUUGAAACAGCG